GAAAGUAGUGUGAGCCGAGACGUGCCGCGCCGUAUAAACGAGUCAUCUUGCUCGUAUCUGCUCAGUUGAUGUUAAAUCUUUGCAUAGUGCAUUUGGCGUCUAAGUGAUUAGUGGCUGAGUUUAUUUAUAGAAACCUGGAAAACUGGAUCUACGUAGUUGUGUAUUGUUGGACUUGUAAGGAUUAAAGUUCGAGCGCAAUAUUUGAAGUAAAAUACAAUGGGAGCCACAGGAAAACGAGUAGCAGUAAUUGGAGCUGGCAUGGCUGGUAUUUGUGCGGCAAAACAUGCUCUUCAAAAUGAUAUGGAACCAACGGUGUUUGAGCAAGCAAGCCAACUUGGUGGUACUUGGGUUUACACGGACAAUGUCGGAAAGGAUCGAUAUGGACUUGAUGUCCAUAGUAGCAUGUACAAGGGAUUACGUACGAAUCUUCCAAAAGAAAUAAUGGGGUUCCCAGACUUUCCCAUUCCCGAUAGAGGAAAGUCAUAUCUCCCAUCCCGUGAAAUAUUAGAAUUUCUGGAGUCAUAUGCCGCAAACUUUAAGGUCAAAGAGAGAAUUAAAUUUGAACAUUUUGUGAUAAGAGUAAGGCCAGUUGACAAUGAGUGGGAGAUCAUUGUAAAGGAUCUUCCGAAUGACCGCCUCUGCACUAUGAAGUUCGAUUUUGUGAUUGUUUGCAAUGGUCAUUAUAAUGCACCUUUAAUUCCAACCCUUCCUGGCCAAGAUAUAUAUAAGGGAAAGCAAAAACACAGUCACGAUUAUCGUUGUCCUGAACCUUAUAAAGAUGAAACCGUGCUUGUAAUUGGAGCAGGUCCGAGCGGUAUCGACCUCGCAUAUGAAAUUUCACGCGUAGCUAAACGUGUUGAUUUAAGCCAUCAUCUGAAAGAGAAGCCGCAAACGCAUUUCCCACCCACUGUCACUCAACGUCCAGAUGUGGUCGAAGUGACCGAAGACGGUGUCAAAUUUGAAGAUGGGAACGUUGAAACCUACAGCGUUAUAUUAUACUGCACUGGAUAUCUUUAUACAUUUCCCUUCAUCAGUGUGGAUUGUGGCAUCAGUGUAGAUGACAACUACAUUCAACCGCUUUAUAAACACAUCAUAAAUAUUAAAAAGCCAACAAUGGCGUUUAUUGGAAUACCAUUUUAUGCUUGUGUUUCACAAAUGUUCGAUUUACAAGUUCGUUUCGCGCUAAAGUUUUUCUCCGGGAAAAAGGCUUUGCCAUCACAAAAGGAAAUGAUGGAAGAUACAGAUAGGGAAAUGCAGGAGCGCUGGAAACGCGGUUAUAAGAAGCGACAAGCUCAUAUGAUGGGAGCUGAUCAGGGCAAGUAUUAUGAUGAUUUGUCGAAAACUGCUGAGAUUGAUAAUGUAAAGCCUGUUAUGGUUAAAUUGCAUAAUGAAAGCAGUAAAAGAUACUUACAUGAUUUAGUCAAUUUUCGAAAGGAUAUUUAUAGAAUCAUCGAUGACGAGAAUUUCGAGAAACUCAAUUGAAAAUAACAUCAAAACGUUGCGUUUGUUUGAUAAUAAAAGCAUAUUUUAAGUAACAUUAUAUAAAAAUAUAUGUAUAUAACUUUACUAGCUGA